UCCGAUAUGUGUCCCGCUACAAAUCACAUAUAUUUGCAUCUUGAACACGUACACAUUGUACAUUUGAUUUAAGUUUACACGGGCGAGAAGAAACGACUAGGCCGCCAUACGACACUCUCCUCAUCUUGCGUCCCGCAAAAUCAGGGUCAGGACGCCAUGGUGCUUCAGGAUUUGGGUCGGCGCAUCAAUGCCGCUGUCUCUGACCUCACAAGGUCUCAAAAUCUCGACGAAAAGGCUUUCGAUGAUAUGGUCAAAGAGAUUGGAAACGCCCUAGUACAAGCAGAUGUCAAUGUUAAACUGGUCGCUGGCCUACGAUUAUCCAUAAAACGGAGUGUCAACUUCAAAGAGCUCGGAGCAGGCGUCAACAAGAAACGAGUGAUACAAAAGGCGGUCUUUGACGAGCUGGUGAAGCUUGUGGAUCCCCACAACGAGCCAUACAAGCCAAAGAAGGGAAAGGCCAAUGUGAUAAUGUUCGUAGGUCUCCAGGGUGCAGGUAAAACAACCACGUGUACGAAGCUUGCUAGGUGGUAUCAAGCUCGAGGAUUCAAGACCUGCCUGGUAUGUGCUGACACAUUCCGCGCUGGAGCCUUCGAUCAAUUGAAGCAAAAUGCAACAAAAGCGAAGAUUCCGUACUAUGGAUCGCAUACACAGACCGAUCCAGUGGUCGUUGCGCGGGAGGGUGUAGAAAAGUUCAAGAAAGAACGGUUCGAAAUUAUAAUCGUCGAUACUUCUGGCAGACAUCGCCAAGAGCAGGAUCUCUUCGAUGAAAUGGUACAAAUUCAGAGAGCAGUCACGCCAGAUCAGACUAUUAUGGUACUCGAUGCAUCGAUAGGCCAGCAAGCUGAAGCACAAUCGCGAGCAUUCAAAGAGACAGCAGAUUUCGGGGCCAUAAUCAUUACAAAAACCGACGGAGCAGCAGCUGGAGGUGGUGCCAUUUCUGCUGUUGCAGCAACACAUACCCCUAUCGUCUUCAUUGGUACUGGUGAGCAUAUGCUCGACCUCGAACGCUUUAGCCCACAGCCUUUUGUUUCCAAACUUCUUGGUAUGGGAGACAUGGCUGGUCUUGUGGAACACGUACAAUCGUUGAAACUAGACCAGAAGGAUACGAUGAAGCACCUUGCGGAGGGUGUAUUUACUGUCCGGGAUCUACGAGAUCAAUUAUCCAACAUUAUGAAAAUGGGGCCGCUGUCCAAGAUGGCUGGCAUGAUACCUGGACUUUCAAAUAUGAUGGGUGGGAUGGAUGACGAGGAAGGCAGUCUCAAGCUACGCCGCAUGAUCUACAUAUGCGACAGUAUGACCAACGCGGAACUGGAUUCUGACGGCAAGGUUUUCGUCAGUCAGCCUUCACGCAUGACCCGAAUAGCUUGCGGAUCAGGUACAAGCGUUCGAGAGGUCGAAGAGUUGCUUACACAACACAAGAUGAUGGCGGGCGUCGCAAAGAAGAUGGGAGGAGGUAUGAAGAACAUGCAGAAAGCGCAAGGUGCUAUGGGUGGUGGAAACAAACAGCAACAGAUGGCCGCCAUGCAGAAACGAUUACAAAGUAUGGGCGGCGCAGGCGCUGGGAGAGGGGGCAUGCCUGGAAUGCCUGGGAUGCCAGAUAUGGGCGCGCUUAUGAAUAUGAUGCAAGGCGGUCGAGGCGGCGGAGGUGGCGGGAUGCCAAACAUGGGCGGAAUGGACAUGCAAUCACUGAUGAAUAUGAUGGGCGGUAUGGGUGGCAUGGGCGGUAUGCCAGGAAUGGGCGGUGGAAUGACCGGGGGAGGAAGAGGACAACGAAGGUAAAAAGAUGAUACUUUGCGUAAAAUACGAUGCUCAACUUGAGGCACUGCAAAUCGUUGGUGGUGAUAGGCGUCCUUGUCCGGCUUUGCAUAUAUGGCGUUGGACAGUGCAAUGUGGUAAGGUCAUCAGUGUGCUGUUGUUAUUGAGAUGUACAGUACACUUUCUGAUAACUUUGAUAUCCAGACUAUAGUCAUCCAAAUCAGUAU